UGAACGGAUCAAUCUGGGUACAACACAAGACCGUAAGCUGCUGUGCAUUUGAAAUUGUUUACACAACUGAAUAAAUAGCACGACUUAAGGCACUUCAAUUCAAAUAUAAAGACUGCAAGUUUCAAAGAUAAGAGGGAGGGAAAGAGUACGCGACUGAAGGAGCGCCAGGAAAUUAUAUGAUUGCUUACUGCUGGUAAUUCCUAAGGGAGUUUAGGAAUUUCGUAGUGGUACAAUGUUGAGUGCAGGUGGGUCAUUUAGAAUAGACCCACUACUUACAUUUUCCAGUUCUUGUUUUGCGUCCUUUAACUACCCACCUGCAAUUGGGCUCUUCUCUUGUAACGCUACACAUCUAUCUUAUACCAAUCACCAAAGAAACUGUUUCAGACUCGGCAGGCAAUCCACGGUGAAAGCCCAUUGUGGGUUUCUUUUGGACUCAUUCACUCCACACAUAAAGACAUUCAAGAGGCUGCUAGGGGCAGUUGCAGAAAGCAAAUUAAAGCCUUGGACAUCAAGAGUUGGGGAGGAGGUUGACAAAUCUUCAAGUGAUAGGCUUCUUCAAGUAGUGUUGUAUUCGCCGCAGAUUCCUGGAAAUACUGGGACUAUUGCCAGAACAUGUGCGGCUUCAGCAGUUGGACUGCAUCUCGUUGAGCCACUAGGCUUCCCAAUUGAUGAUACAAAACUGAAGCGCGCAGGAUUGGACUAUUGGCCAUAUGUUGUUGUUAAGGUUCAUAGUUCAUGGCAUGAAUUUAUUGACUAUUUUAAGAAACAGGAGGGUGAAAAACGACUUUUGGCAUUUACCAAGAAAGGCACAAGUGUACACACGGAUAUAGUCUACAAACCUGGGGAUUGGCUUAUUUUUGGCUCAGAAACUUCCGGGUUGUCCACAGAGGUUUUGAAUGACUGUACAAAUGAAAUCUAUGGUGGUGGAACUGUUCGAAUCCCAAUCUUGGAAACUUAUGUACGAUGUUUGAAUCUUUCAGUUAGUGUGGGAAUUGCUGUUUAUGAGGCUUCAAGACAACUUAAAUAUGAACAGUUUGGUGAUUUAUCUAGCUUGUCUAUUGAAAGUGAGUCCAUGACAGAGUAAUGACUUCAAAUCAAUUGUAGACGUGUGCAGAAAACCGUGGAUAAAUUUAAUGGAGAGGAUCUGUCAGGUUUUUUGAUCUUGUAUAACCAUGAUCAAUAAAAUAAUUUUUUUUAGGAGUCCCUUAUCGCA